AUGAGGGCCCUGGGGCGUUUGAUCGCUCGAGCGGCUGCUGUCUUCAAGAAGGAACCUCGCACACCUUCUCAUCUUCAUAUAGAGCCCAAACGGGUCCUUAACUCGCGCUACGAGAUCCUUGAACAGAUCGGCAGUGGCCAACACUCUACCGUCUGGCUUGCUGAGGAGUCUACAUCUCUGCAACAUACGUCGGAAGGUCGCCAUCAAGAAGAUCGCCUUAGUCCAGACGGCUCUUCACGAGGACGCCUGUUGCACUUAUACGACCACUUCCUUGCUCGCGGAGAUCAUGGAGACCACCUUUGUCUUGUCAGCGCGGCUCUGGGACCUUCAGUGCUCGACAUCCGAUCCCGCACACGCAAUGGAGCGCUAUCAGCUCCCUUGGUCCAACACAUUACACGUCAACUGCUUCAAGGGCUUGAAAUUUUGCACGAAAAGUGCAAGACAGUGCAUACAGACAUUAAAUUUGACAACAUCUUGUUUGCGUCGUAUGCGGAGGGUCCCGAUGUCAAUACCUAUUGUGCAGUUGAUUCAGUGCUCAUUGAUUUUGGUACCGCGAUCCCUGAGGGUACAGACCACAACCGUCUGAUCCAGCCAGAGGCUCUACGUCCGCCAGAGGUUCUUCUUGGUUGCACUUGGGAUGUAAAAGUAGACAUCUGGAACGUUGGCUGCAUUAUUUUUGAACUCCUUACUGGCCAAAGAUUGUUCAAACCCAGAGCAGGUCCUUCAUGGUCCUCUGAACAAUAUCAUAUGGCUCGCAUCUAUUCCACUCUCCUAGAUGACAAUGAUCGCAGGCGUCUCCUUGAAUUCUUCCGCCAUGGCGCGAAGUUUGCUACCUUCUUCGACGGGGAUAACUUACGCGUCAAGGCGACAGAACGCGAGUCUAUUCAAGUAAUUCUGGGACAUUACGGGAUUUGUACACCGGAGUUAAGGGCCUGUUCGGAUCCCCAGCUUGAUUCCGAAACCAGGCUUGGGGUGGCUGUGUUGUCACCCGUCACCGUCAGUAACAUCAUCAUUUCUGGAUUUGUCAUCCUUUGCUCAACAUCGCCCUCCCUCGUCGUCCUCGCCGUUGACGUUGAGCAGAGUGAUUGA